GGUGCUUUCGGCUUGAUUGCAUAUCAAGACCCCUAUUCGAGCCCGUUUCGUCGUUUCUUGGACCCCAGUCAUCGGGAUCGUUUGGCCGAUGCUGUAAAUAGUGCAAUAAUGGUUCACUUGAACCAACCAGCCAACCCUAUUUUGGACAGUGCUCUUGCAUUUCUCGAACGGUCGUUGACCGAAGAUGAUUCGGCCUUAGUUGGUGUUCGUGCGGUACAUUUCGGUGCCGUUGGGUCCACCAGUCAGGCUGCUCGUCUACGUUCCGGAUCAGACCGAGGCGUUUACUCUGCUCCAGCUCGAUCCGAAGUAGCGCCUGGUAUGAAUGAAGUAUCUCAAAGUCGUAUUGGUCCACCAGACUUCACUACUCGUCACCGUUUGACCAGCUACUCGGACAGGUUAGCCUCGCCCGAAUCCCCUAUGAGGCUGGAAGCGAAUUCCUUCCGCCAAUCGGGUCCUUACUCGACCUUAACGGAGAUCACUCAUCCUUCGUCUUUCGGAGUCAGUAGUCCGUUUACUGACACUGAACUUAAUCAAGGUAACAGUCCCCAAUCUAGCAACACCAAUCACAAUAACAGUGCUUCCAUAGUCGCCAGUUCUAUCUACAUCCACCCAUCAGCACUGGUUUCGCUCAGUUCCCACCCUCGACAGUCAGAUUCAAUCACCGAGCCUGCUCGCAGUUUGCCUUCCUCCUCUCUAACAGCAGCAGCCGCACAAGCUGCCUCUCGUCUUUUAACGACCAGCUUGCGCCAUGCUCUCGACUCACAUCGAUUAAACCAAUCACGAACUCGUCACUCAGCCUCCUCUUCACCUCCGUUCGCCUACACCGGUUCAACCUCAACAGUCAAUGUUGCCGGCUGGCCAAGUACGCCAGGUGAUCAUCAACCCGCUCAGGAGCUACCCACUUCGCCACAACAACACCAUCAGUCCGUACCGUCGGCGGCUGUUCGCCUGGCUGUCGCUUCUUAUCUAGCCGAUACACAUGCCCCAACUGGGCCUGAGUUGGCCGGAUUCUUCCAUCCGCUGUUGUUCAUUGACUAG